UAUUUGGAUGUUAGAAUUUGAGUUUCCGGUUUGGCUUUCGCCAUUUCAUAUUCACGAAAUCAUAUAUUAGAAAAGAAAACAUAUGGAGACACGUUUGUAUCAUGCCUGCAUGUCGAAGAAUUUUAUCAAGGAUACAGUCCGCGUCCUAUCAAAAUAGUGGACAUAAGAAUAGUAACGGAGGUGAAGAAAGAGAGCCAAACAUGGUCCCUUUAGCAUCAAUGGCUGUACUUCCAAAGCACUCUCACCUCCCGGACAUACCUUCUGACAGCAACCUGUCAUUUGAGGCUAUGGUUUAUGUGUUUGGAAUUAUAGUUAUGGGAUUACAGUAUAUCAACUUAUAUAAAACAGUCUGGUGGCUUCCUCACAGUCAUGCUAAUUAUGCAUUGAACUUUUAUCUUAUUGAUCCAUACCUCCUGUUGUUCCUGUGUGUUCUAAUGAGUAGACGACUUAUCUGGUGUUUGGCUCAAGAGAUUUCAGGAUCUCGUUCUAGCAAAUCACCAUUAUUUUGGGCAGUAUGGUUAAUAAAAGUACUGGUCUGUCAACUGAUUGUCGUAACCUUGGCAAUAACAGGAUACUAUGUGCUUAUAAAUCAUUCACUGUUAUACAGUUUGUUUUUAUGUUGUCCGAUGUUAACGUAUGUAUUUAUGUUCGGACCAACAGUAAAACCACUUUAUCAUAAGAUGUUUGUGUGGCCUGCACCGGUUUCAGAUCGUCCUGUUCCUAGACAUAGAAAUAAAGACAUUGACAUCUUGUUCCACAAUUGUUCUAUGAAUCCAGAUAUCGUCAGACAGGAAGUUGAAGUUUUAAAGCGAGAUUUUAACCAGAGAAUCAAGCAGAUUUUAUUUAACUCGCUAUUGACAGCAUAUUACAUGACAUUUAUUCCUUUAUGUUUUGCACAGCAUGUACAAAACAGUUGUCAAACAUGUUGGAAUACAUUAUACUACGACACAUGGUGGGUUGGACAGCAUGUUUGUAUUACCUGGGUCAGUGCUUUCCUUAUUUUCAUGGUACAUUUUCUGCCACCAAAAUACCUAGAUUUGUUACACAGGUGUGCUCAACACCUGGGAAGAUGGCAGAAGGUUGAAGGACGUCAUGCUCAUGUUCCAUAUAAUGCUUGGUCUGAGCUGACAGUCUGGCCCCAAGGAGCUCUAGUCAAACAUGUGAGAGGAUUAUUUAAAGCUGAAGGGGUAAAUGUUACUGCUGAACCAGGCAAUAGUAUGCAUGGACGAUUUUAUUUCUUUUUUCACCAACCAAUGAGAGUUGUUAACUGGUUGCUGAUUUUAACAUGGUUAUUGGUUGGGUACCAGUUUUUCAGCCUGAUACAAAGUACAGAAUGGAACCAUAUUAUAUGUGUUGCUCUUAUGAUGUUUUGUAAUUACUAUACAUUAUUUAAAUUAUUACGAGAUAGAAUCAUAUUGUCAAAAGCCUAUAAGGAAGAAACUGGUGCCGACCAGUUUUAACCAGAAGUAUUUAAUUGUUGCAGAGAGAUUUAGAAUCCAUAGUCAUAAGGAUCAAGCUUUCAAUGUCUGUAGACAUAUGAAAACAGCUGACUGAAAUUCAGAAUUUAAGAAUUUAUAUUUUAUUGAACUUUUAGUCAUUAUUUGUUUGUUUUACAUUUUAUUGUACUAUUUUAUCAUACUAUUGUUGUCAGUAUUAUUGUUAUAAAUGAUUUUACAGUGCAGGAAGUUCACAAGAAUAUUUAUUAUCUGUAAUUAAAAAAAAAUUUGACUUCACACAAACAAACAAAAAAUAUAUACAUGUAAUACUAAACCAUCAACUGUAUACUUCAGUUUUACAUCAAAAUGUAUAAGUACUGUUUAAUCAGUUAAAAAAUGUGCCUAAAUUUUUUUUAACAUAAUAUUGUCUACUAAAUUUUCUUAAGCAAACAAAAUGUACCAGGUCUCAAACAGAACUGAAAACUAUGAAAAAUUAGAGUUUUCAGCCAUCUCCCAGUGUAGGAAUAUUUAAAAAGUAAAUUUUUAAGCAAAGAAGAUUUCAUGUUGGGUUUCAUUACUUAUUUUGUUCUAUCUUAACAACAUAAACAAGUAACACAGAAAUGUUUCUUUAUCAUUCCUUUUGAAAAAAAAAAUGCUAAUUGGGUUAUCUACCCUGUAAUGACCUAGCUGAUAAAUUGAUUUGAACAAAAGUAUUUGAUGUUUUCUAAAAACAGUCUCAAAUAAUGGAAUUUAAAUCACUUAUUAUUUUAUUCGAAUAAAUACCGAUUUGUACUACUUUUUUGCAAUCCAAGAUGGCGGUACAUGUAUACAGUUAAUCUACCUUAAAUUUGAGUAUCUUAUCUGGGAGUCUAUUUAAAAUACUUACAAGAUUUUCAUUAAUAUUACAUAUAAUCUAAAUGUAAUUAAACUGUACAUUUUGCUGUGUUUGAUGAUUGGUUGAAUUAAGAUUUUUGUCUAUCAGCUCAUAGACAUAAUUUUGUCAUGUGACUGUGCUGUCAUCAAAGGUUUUUUCAUGACUUUCUCUCUAUGAAGAAGUAACAUAAAAAUGUGGUGCACAUAGAAUAACACGCAUACACUUAUAAAUCAAACGAUCGAAGUCUCUAUUUUCUUAAUCUUGUAACUCAUAUAAAGUUACAGAAAUUAUAAAAAAAAUAUUUUGUUCAUAAAAGCUUUUACUAUUAAGUGAAAUAUAUUUCUUUUUUUAUUUUAUCAUAACAGUUGUUUUCAGCUUCCAGAUUUUCUUUUAUGGUUGUCCAGUAAUUUAAUUUUUUUCAAAUUGGGAAGUUUAGGUAUUUUGGCCUGUAUUGCUGAACUGGUGUUAUCCAAUAGACCGAAAACAAUACAAAUGUCAUUCCCUAAAUAUUUUCAAAACUUUGAAAGAAUGCAGUAUUUACAGUGUCAAUUUUUCAUCAAGUUCUGCUUUCACUGUAUGGACCAGCUAAGUGAAAUUCUUCCUCUGGUGUAUUUCUUGUAAAAACGUCUCUUCUAUGCAUAUUUAAAAUGUAGCAAUGUCCUGUUUCAUAGUUGCUAAUUAAAUUGAAAAUGGAAAUGGGAACUGUGUCAAAGACACAACAACCCUACCAUAGAACAGACAACAGCAGAAGGUCACCAAUAUGUCCUCUAUGCAGUGAGAAACUCCCGCACCCAGCUGGCCCCUAAACGAAUAUCUAUACUAGUUCAGUGAUAAAGGACAUCAUAAGUCUUUGUUUAUCAUGUUUAUUCUGCAUUCUACUUUUGAGUUGAUCAUCUCCUGUAAUGGCAUUUCUGUUGAUUGAACAAUAUAUUCAUCAAUUGUCACUUGUUGUCCUGAAAUUUUAAAAAAUGUUUCACUUUUUCAUCAAGAUCUGCUUCCAACAAGCUAAUUAUAAGUGAAAUUCUUCCGCUCAUGCAUUUUAGGUGAAAACCUCCCUUCCAUGUCUUUCCAUAUUGUUACAGGGUCCUGUUUCAUUGUGUCUUACUCUUCAUGUAUUCUGCAUUUUAUUGUUGAGCUGAUUAUCUCCCCUAAUGGCAUUUCUGUUGACCGAACAAUAUGUGAACUAAUGUUUGUUGUAUCUACUAUUGCAACAAGUUGCGUUCCUCUGUUGUUUAGUAUGAUGUCUAAAUGGUUUUUUUAAAUUCUUCACUUUUUCGUCAAGGUCUUUUCACAGUAUGGACAAUAUAAUGAUAAGUGCAAUUCUUCUUCUCGUGUAUUUUAUGUGAAAACGUCUCUCCUGGGUUUAUCCACAAUGAGGCAAUGUCCUCUUUCAUUGUGUCUAACGUUUCAGUUAUUUUGCAUUCUACUGUUGAGUUUAUAAUCUCCCGUAAUGGCAUUUCUCAGUAAAAAUUCUUCCUCAUGUGUACUUCAGGUGAAAACAUCUCUCACAUGCCUAUCAGCAAUGAUGCAAUGUCGUGUUCCAUUGUGUCUGAAUCUUUCGUUUAGUCUGCAUUCUAUUGUUGAGUUUAUUAUCUUCCGUGAUGGCAUUUCUGUUGACAGAACAAUAUGUGAACUAAUGUUUGUUGUAUCUACUAUUGCAACAAGUUGUGUUCCUCUGUUGUUUAGUAUGAUGUCUAAAUGGUUUUUUUUAAAUUCUUCACUUUUUCGUUAAGGUCUUUUCACAGUAUGGACAAUAUAAUGAUAAGUGAAAUUCUUCUUCUCGUGUAUUUUAUGUGAAAACGUCUCUCCUGGGUUUAUCCACAAUGAGGCAAUGUCCUCUUUCAUUGUGUCUAACGUUUCAGUUAUUUUGCAUUCUACUGUUGAGUUUAUAAUCUCCCGUAAUGGCAUUUCUCAGUAAAGUUCUUCCUCAUGUGUACUUCAGGUGAAAACAUCUCUCACAUACAAUGAUGCAAUGUCGUGUUCCAUUGUGUCUGAAUCUUUCGUUUAUUCUGCAUUCUAUUGUUGAGUUUAUUAUCUUCCGUGAUGGCAUUUCUGUUGACAGAACAAUAUGUGAACUAAUGUUUGUUGUAUCUACUAUUGCAGCUAGUUGCGUUCCUCUGUUGAUUAGUAUGAUGUCAACAUGUUUUUUUUAAAAGUUUUUCACUUUUCAUUAAGGUCUUUUCACAAUAUGGACAAGAUAAUGAUAAGUGCAAUUCUUCUUCUCGUGUAUUUCAUGUAAAAAGGCCUCUCCUGGGUUUAUCCACAAUGAUGCAAUGUCCUGUUUAAUUGUGUCUAAAUCUCCGUUUAUUCUGCAUUCUACUGUUGAGUUGAUUAUCUUCCAUGAUGGCAUUUCUGUUGACAGAACAAUAUGUGAACUAAUGUUUGUUGUAUCUACUAUUGCAACUAGUUGCGUUCCUCUGUUGUUUAGUAUGAUGUCCACAUGUUGGGUUUUUUUUUUAAUUCUUCACUUUUUGUUAAGGUCUUAUUUCACAGUAUGGACAAGUUAAUGAUGAGUGAGAUUCUUCCUCUUGUAUAUUAUAUGAAAACGUCUUAACCCGGGGUUAUCCACAAUGUACUUAUGUUUUUUAUUGUGUCUAAUUCUUCGUUUAUUCUGCAUUUUAUUGUUGUGUUGAUUAUCUUUCGUGAUGGCAUUUCUGUUGACCGAACAAUAUGCGAACUAAUAUUUGUUGUAUCUACUAUUGCAACAAGUUGCGUUCCUCUGUUGUUUAGUAUGAUGUCCACAUGUUUUUCAAGGUCUGGUUUCACAGUAUGGACAAGUUAAAUGAAAUUCUUCCUCGCAAGUGUUUCAUGUGAAAUCGUCUCUCCAGGGCUUAUCCACAAUGUAGCACAUUGUGUUUAAUUCUUUGUUUAUUCUGCAUUCUAUUGUUGUGUUGAUUAUCUUCCAUGAUGGCAUUUCUGUUGACCGAACAAUAUGUGAACUAAUAUUUGUUGUAUCUACUAUUGCAACAAGUUGCGUUCCUCUGUUGUUUAUUAUGAUGUCCACGUGUUUUUCAAGGUCGGUUUCACAGUAUGGACAAGUUAAAUGAAAUUCUUUCUGGCAUGUUUUUCAUUUAAAAACGUCUCUCCCAUGGCUUUUGGCAAUGUAGCAAUGUUUCAUUGUGUCUAAUUCUUCGUUAUUUUGCAUUAUACUAUUGAGUUGAUUAUCUCCCCUAAUGGCAUUUCUGUUGACCAAACAAUAUAUGUGAACUAAUGUUGGUUGUGUCUACUAUUGCAACUAGCGUCGUCUCUCUUGUUUAGUAUCGGAACAACAUAUUUUUCUAAAUUCAGACUUUGAGAGUGUCUCAUUGGCAAUUAUACCACAUCUUCUUUUUUUAUAUUUGCAAGAAUAAAUCAUGUAAAAAAAAAUUAAAUCUAUAAAUAAUCAAGUUCAAAUUCUUGUGUGAUAAUCUCCAGUACCAUAUAGUGUAAAAUGAGGAAUUAACUACAUAUAUUCAAAUAUUUGUACCUUAACAUUUUGAAUUGUAGUGGACACAUUUCAUAGCAAAAGAGUAUAAAACAUAACACCAUUUGUUUGCUGUUUCUUAACACAUGUAAUUUCAUGUUCUUUGCGUUCUAAU